AUGUCCGUUGAUCCGACGAAGUCGCAGCCAUCUACAUUGGAGGUAAAGCCUCCUCAAAAAAGAUUGAGGCUAACUCAAACCCGCCUGACCGUUCCAAAGAAGAUUGCACAAAAUCCUGGUGACAGUGCUUUAAUUAAUAUGAUAGUUAAGGAUUAUCAACCUUUCCAAAUAGUGGAGAACUCUGGUUUUCAACAGUAUACGAAAGCAUUAAAUGCUGAUUAUGAACUUCCACGUAGAAAAAAAUUAGUAUUGAUGAUAGACGAAAAGUAUAAAUUGGAGUCAGAAUCUUUAAAGAAGGAGUUGCAGGAUGUUUGCUAUUUAGCUUUGACGUCAGAUAUCUGGUCUUCGGACAGCAAUAAAAACUUCAUAAGCUUGACAGCACAUUUUAUAGAACAUACAAUCAAUAAUGCUGCGGCUAUGAAAAAAGCAAUAAGUGAAUGUUUAAAUAAGAGGAAUCAUUUUUGUGUUGCUCAUACAAUAAAUCUCGCAGUUAAAGACUGUCUCGAGAAAAGAACUUUUGAUUUAGAAGAGAACACUGCUGUCACUUCUAACAAUCAGUUACAACAACUUUUAGCAAAAUGUCGAGCAAUUGUUUCGUAUUUUAAAUAUAGCACGAAAGCUUCUUAUGCCUUACUCAAAAUGCAAGAGCAACUGAAAGUAGAUACAUUAAAACUCAAGCAAGACGUUCGUGCUCGCUGGAACAGUACUUUCUAUAUGCUCGAGCGCCUACUGGAUGUUAAAAUAUCUCUUUCUGCUACUUUGCCGCUACUGGAAUCACUGCCAUCAAAUCUGGAUUCCAAUGAAUGGUUAUUGACAGAAGACGCGAUGACACUUUUACGCCCUUACUUUUUCAAAAAUGUGACAGCAAUUUUAUCAGGAGAAAAAUAUCCAACUUUAUCUUCUGUUAUUCCUCUUGUACUUGGACUACGAAAGGCUAUAGACAGCAACACGCCAGUGACGGAAUCAGGCAAGCGAUUAAAAAGUAGUCUUUCUUCUGUAAUAGAAAAACGACUUGGAGUUUAUGAGACUAAUAGGACAGCAUCAAAAGCUACCUUUCUUGAGCCACGCUUUAAAAAAAGAGGUUUUGUGUUAGAAAGUAAUGCCAAUAAUGCUCAAAUGUGGGUAUUAAAUGAGAUAUCAAACAUGAGCAGCAAUCAAGACAUACCUCCUUCUAGCGCAAGUAGUCCCAGUACUCCCAUUGCUUCUGCUACUGCUAAUACAACUGAUUUGGGCACAGAUGACAUUUGGGAAGUGGUAGAUAAAAAACCAUGGAGACCACUGCUGAGCCAACUCCAUACACUUCGGCAGCUG